ACUGGGACUGAACUGAGACUGUGACAGGACUGUACGGGGAACAUAUCAGGACCAUACUGGGACUGUGCCAAGACCAUACUGAGACUGUGCCAGGACUGUACCGGGACUCUGCCUGGGACCACACCAGGACAGUGCCAGGACUGUACCAGGACUGUACUGGGACCAUAUCGGGACCAUGCCAGGACCAUACUGGGACUGCGCCAGAACAAUGCCAGGACUGUACAGGGGCCAUACUGGGACUGUACUGGAACUGUGCUGGGAUCGUAGUAUCAUACUGGGACUGCACCGGUACAGUGCCAGGACCGUACUGAGACUGCAAUGGGACACUGCCAGGACUGUACUGGGACCCUGCUGGGGUCAUACUGGGACUGCAUCAGGACAGUGCCAGGACUGUACUGGGACCGUACCAGGACCAUACUGGGACCGUGCCAAGACCGUACUGGGACCAUACCAGGAUCAUACUGGGACCGUGCCGGAGCUGCCCUGUGUCCUGCCGGUAUCCGGGGAUGCCGGCAUGCCAAUGCCUGCCUGCCUGCAGCGCCCUGCCCUGAGCCCGGUGCUGGAGCCCGGCCGCGCCAUGGAGGAGCCGCCGAAUGGCAGAACUGAGCCUUGGCCCGAGGGACUGUGCAACAGCAACAACAACGCUGCCCCGGCGGGGUGGCCGGGGGUCCGCAGUGGGCACCCUCUGGCACCAUUCGGCAGUGCUGGGACCGAACCCAGCUACCUGGGGCGUGUGAUGCUAGAGAUUGUGGAGUCGGAGCGCACCUACACUCGCGACCUGCGCAGCAUCGUGGAGGGUUACCUGGGCAAGAUCAUCGAUGCUGAGGAGCCGGUGCUGCGGCCGGAGCAGGUCAGCGCGCUUUUUGGCAACAUUGAGGACAUCUACGAGCUCAGCAGCACCCUGCUCCAAAACCUGGAGAGCUGCGCCAGUGACCCAGUGGCUGUGGCCGUCUGCUUCGUCACCCGGAGCCAGGAAUUCGCUAUCUACACCCAGUACUGCAACAACUACCCCAGCUCUGUGGCGGCGCUGGCUGAGUGCAUGAGGAGCAAAGCCCAGGCUCGGUUCCUCCGCGAGUGCCAGGAGCGGCUGCGGCACGCGCUGCCCCUCGGUGCCUACCUGCUCAAGCCCGUCCAGAGGAUCCUGAAAUACCACCUGCUGCUCCAGGAGAUCGCCAAGCACUUUGAGCACAAGUCGGGGGAUGACUACGAGGUGGUGCUGGAGGCCAUUGACACCAUGACCUGCGUCGCCUGGUACAUCAAUGACAUGAAGCGCAAGCAUGAGCACGCCAUCCGCCAGCAGGAGAUCCAGUCGCUGCUUCUGGGCUGGAAGGGGCCGGACCUGACGAGCUACGGGGAGCUGGUGCUGGAGGGCACCUUCCGUGUGCAGCGGGCACGGCAUGAGCGCGCCGUCUUCCUCUUUGACAAGACCCUUCUCAUCACCAAGCGCCGCGGAGACCACUACGUCUACAAAACCCACAUCCCGUGCUCCUCGCUGAUGCUGAUCGAGAGCACACGGGACUCUCUGUGCUUCAGCCUGGCUCACUACAAGCAUGGCAAGCAGCAGCACAGCCUGCAGGCCAAGAGCGUGGAAGAGAAGCGCGUGUGGACCCACCACAUCAAGCGGCUCAUCCUGGAGAACCACCAUGCCAUUAUCCCCCAGAAGGCUAAAGAAGCCAUCCUGGAGAUGGAUCUGUUCUGCCCCCCGCGCCUGCCCCGCUACAGCCCCGAGCACCUGAAGAAGAGCUGGUCCUGCCAACCCCUGGGUGACGCUGCUGCCGAGCUGCGCCAGGGCCGCCGGCAAUCCGAGCCCUUCCAGCACCGCGACCGUGCCGAGACGCUGCCGGAUCGGCUGCAUGGGCACGUGGGGCGCAGGCAGUCGGAGCCUGCCAAGCAGAUCCUGCUGCAGCUGGGGGACCAAGGUGAGCCUCAUGCUGGCAGUGCUGGGGUGCUCCUGGAGGCGGGGGAGCCCCCUCUGCACCCCACAGCCUGGGCAGCGCCUGAGGGCAUGGUGGAAGAGGAGGAGGAGGAAGAGGAGGCUUUGUGCAAGGAUGGCCAGGAGGAGCUGCCGGGAGCUGGGGAUCUGCUGGUGGAACCCCAGGAGGAGCAGGCCGGGGGGCAUCCACUGCUGCCGGAGGGACCCACGCGCCCAAGCAGCUGGGGACCAGGGAGCUGCGAGAAGGUCAGCGCGGCCCCGCAGCCCGCCCUCGGGGGUCCUGAGGGACUCGGCGCCCACCCCAUUGCCCCUCCUCAGGCCUCUGAACCCCCAUCCUCACUGCGGCACUCCACACCGGUGCCGUCUGGUGGGGAGAGUGAGCCCGAGCGCCCCGCGGAGGAUUUGCAGGGCUUGAGCAGCGAGGAAGAGGAGGAUGAAGAUGAAGAAGGAGCAGCGGGCAGCAUCCUGCCGCCCUCAGUGCUGGACCAGGCCAGCGUCAUCGCCGAGCGGUUCGGCGGUGGCAGCAGCUUCUCGCGCCGCAGCAGCCUGGCCCUAGAGGGGCCGGCGGGGCGGCUGGGCAGCCGCAGCGGCAGCGCACUCAGCCUGGACGGCGUGGGACCCCAGCUGGAAACUGGGGAGCCCGGGGAGCCUGGAAACACCAUUCCCUCACCCGAACCCCUCACUGGAGCCCGCCGGGAGUCCCUGCUCUCCAGCCGCGACCGUUUGCUGCUGGACAAGAUCAAGAGCUACUACGGGCAUGCCGAGCACCAGGACGCUGGCUUCAGCGUCCGCCGCCGCGAGAGCCUCUCCUUCAUCCCCAAAGGGCUGGUGCGAAGCAGCGUCUGCCGCCUCAACGGCCUCCCCCGGCCCCCGGUGAGCCCUGAGCCCCACAAGGCAUCACCGGAGGAGCUGUGCCGGGAGAACCGGCUGCAGCCCGUGCCAGCGGUACCCAGGACAUCGCUGGAGGAGCCAUACCAAGAGAACGAGCUGCAGCCCGCACCAGUGGCCUCCAAAGCAUCACCGUGCCAGGAGAAUGGGCUGCAGCCCACGCUGGUGGCACCCAAGGCAUCGCUGGAGGAGCUGUGCCAGGAGCUGGGGCCGCGGCCUGCAUCCAUGGCACCCAAGGCGUCGCUGUGCCAGGAGGAUGAGCUGCAGCCCGCAUCCGUGGCACCCAAGGCAUCACUGGAGGAGCCAUGCCGGGAGAACGGGCUGCAGCCGGCCGAGCCACUGCUCAUCCUGGAAGAGGACGAUCUAGGGGCUGGGGGCUCGGGGGCACCAGCUGGGCCCCCGCCACAGCUGCUGCUGACCCCACCGCAUGCCGGCACCAAGGUGUACCAGCUGGCGCGGCAGUACAGCCUCCGCAUCAAGAGCCGCCGCUCUGGUGCCCGCCGUGCCCCGCUGCAGCUGCAGGAGCGGGACCCCAUUGCCAGCGCCCCUGCAGUGGUGGCGCCGCGAGCAGAGGGGCUGUUGGUGUCCCCGUCUGCCGGUGUGCCCCCCAGUCCCCCCAGCCCCGAGCCCUUCGCCUGGCCUGACGUGCGGGAGCUGCGUGCCCGUUUCGGUGCCCCACGGCCUCCACCCGUGAGCCGCAGCCGCUCGGCACCCGACGGGCCGUGUCGUGGCGGGCGGCCGCUGGAGAAGGAACGUGGCAGCGGCCGAAGCCGGAGCGCUGAGACGGGGGUUCCCAGCACCCCAGGCCCAACGCCGGCACGGCACAGCAGCGACGGGGCGCUGUGGGUGACGGCGGAGGCGCCCCUGGGUGCUGGGCAGCGGAUGCUGGUGCUGGAGCGGCUGCCGGUGCCCACCGAGCCACCCGCCUACGUGCAGAUCCGCUCACCCACCACGCGGGAGAAGAUCUGCUUGAAGGCGGUGGUGGAGCGCUGCAAAGCCUACCAGGCCUCUGAGGAGUACCAGCGGCGCUGCGCCGAGCCCCCCGGCACCCCCGAGCCCCCCCGACACGGCCUCGUCAGAGACCUGCGCCAAAAAUUCCAGACCCUCGAUGCAGCCAGCUAG